AAAAAUUUAUAAUUGUCCAGGGUCCUCUACGAAUAAAAGAACACCGUUCUCGCCGUUCACAUUCUAUUACGAAGAGUGGCAAAUUUUUUUAGAUCCGAGGUUUCUCUUCUCUGGGAUUUCAUUCCUCAAUCGAGCUGCGUUGUUCUCGCCCUAAUAAUUCCUUCGAAAAUUCAAGGAUAAAAAAGAAACAUCAAGAUGAACGAGAAAGCUUCGGUCUCCAAGGAACUCGACGCCAGACACAAAAAGAUCCUAGAGGGGCUCCUUAAAUUGCCAGAGAAUAAACAGUGUGCUGAUUGCAAGGGAAAAGGUCCACGAUGGGCAAGUGUGAACUUGGGGAUUUUCAUAUGCAUGCAAUGUUCUGGAAUACACAGAAGUUUGGGGGUACACAUAUCAAAGGUAAGAUCUGCAACCCUGGACACAUGGCUUCCAGAGCAGGUUGCAUUUAUUCAAACAAUGGGAAAUGAAAAGGCAAAUAGCUAUUGGGAAGCAGAACUACCUCCAAACUAUGACAGAGUUGGGAUAGAGAACUUCAUUCGUGCAAAAUAUGAAGAUAAAAGAUGGAUACCUAGAAAUUCUACUGCAAUAUCACAUUUACAGUAUGGAGAAGAGAAGGUUUCUGAAUAUAAGGAAAAGCCUGAUGAUAGGUGUGCACAAGGUUCUAUUAAUAAAGCAGAUUCUCCUGGGGAGCACAAAAGCCCUGAGCAGCAGGGUCCAAAGAAAACCAGCCUAGCAGUCCCAAAGUUACCUACUCCGGUAAGACAUGUUUCCUCAGGGUUUAAAGUACGACACGUCAUGCCCAAGACUGAAUCCCAAAGGCCUCCUCGAGCAACACCAACCACAGUUGAUACCACAUCCACCCAACCCCCAAAAGUUAGUAUCACGACUAAUCUUUUUGAUAUGCUUCCUAUGGACGAGUCAAAUGAAAAUGGAUCUCAACAGUCUACAGCUGAUGACACUUCGUGGGCAAAUUUUCCGUCGGUUGAAGCACAUGUUGGUACAGGUUGUGUCAAGUCUAAGUCUACCUCAGCUAUUGAGGACUUGUUUGCAGAUGCAUCACUUGUGACACCUUCUUUGUCUCAAGAGAGUUUACAGGAAAAUUUAAAUGCAGAAUCCAACUCUGCCACAGGUGAUAAUGACAACAGAAGGGAUGCUGUAAUUAAAUCUCAAUCUACAUCAGCAAUCGAGGAGUUAUUUAAAGAUUCAACAUCUAUCACGACUCCUCCAGCUCGAGAGAAAUCGCAGGCAACAGCUACAGAAAAGUCCCAGACAGAGAUAAAAGAUGACAUUCUGAAUCUUUUUGACAAGUCGAAUAUGGUGUCUCCCUUUUCUGUUCAUCAACAGCAAAUUGCUUUCCUCUCCCAGCAACAAGCUCUUAUUAUGGCUGCCUCUAAAUCUGGAGGAACACCUCCAUUUCCUGCUACAACACAACAACCAGGUGCGACAAACACAAGUCAAACAAAUGUAGGUAUGCUAACGAAGGACUUGUCGGGUCAUGGUUAUCAAAUGCCAGGGAUGACACUGCCAGGAGCCCAGGUUGGUAACAUUCUUCCGUCACCAAACAUGAUCCAAAGUAACCCGACAACGAGAACUGAAACUGAGGAAUCAGUUGCCUCAGAAGCCAAAAAGCCAUCAUCUUCCACCACCAAGCCCUCCACUUCUGAUGUUUUUGAUUUCUCGACGUUAACCAAGGGGAUGUUCUCAAAACGCUAGCUCUUCACCAUCACAGAAAAAAGAGAGGAUAAAAUGGAAAUACAAUGUGGGUUACGAAUCCGAAGAAGUUUAAGUUUUAUUUUAUUUUUUUCCUGCUUCCAUUUGCGAAGGUAUUUUUGUUCAUUCUUGGUAUAAGUUUCAGAGUAAAGCUCAAAAACGCCUGUUUAGAACAUAUAUGUACAUUUUUGUUAGGGAUCGGCGAAAGGUGUACAUUUAUAGGAUAUAGCUAAUGCUUUCACAUUGGAAAAUUUUAUUGAGAA